AUUAACCCCUUUUUACUGAUUUAUUUUCUCUGGGAAUUGAUGAUGCUUAUAAAUAUGUAUAUACUAAACCAGUUGUGGAUUUCCAUGUUUUCUCAAAGACUUAAUUUUCUGCUUCUGCCCUGCCACAUAACCAGUCCUGACUAACAAGGAAAGAUAAAACAUGGAGGGAGACAGAGUAGCUGAUGAGUUACAGAAAAAUAUGAUACAGGACUGUGUGGUCUUUGAGGAUGUAGCUGUGUACUUUACCCAGGAGGAGUGGGCUUUGCUGGACCUUGCUCAGAGGACCCUCUACCGAGAUGUGAUGCUGGAAAACUUCCAGAACCUGGCCUCACUAGGAUACCUGCUGCACACACCUCACCUCAUUUCCCAGUGGGAACAAGAGGACCUGCAGACAGCAAAGGGAGGACUUACCCAGGACAUCUGUACGGCAGAGUACCAGGAAGGUUUUGAGACCAAAUCUAAAACUAAUGAACCAAUUGCUCCACAAGACAUUAAUGGAGAAAAAGUAUCUCAUGAACAGAAAAUUCUAAGAUUCAAAAGGAAUGAUUCCUGGUCCUCCAUUUUAUGUGAAAACUUGGAAUACCAUGAUACUGAUCAACAGAGCAAAAGCCAUGAGAGACAUUUGAGUCCUGUGGUGGAGAACAUCUCUGAACGUAAUGAAGAAAGUCAGCGUGGACACACCUUGAGCCACAUUCCAAACCUCAAGAGAACUACUGAGGUGAAACCCUGUGAACGCCGUGAGUGUGGAAGGGCCUUGGGGGACCAGCCAUCGCUUAGGACGCACAGCAAGUCUGACACCGGAAGCAAACCCUAUGAGUGUAAGGCGUGUGGGAAAGCCUUCCAUUUUCUUGCCUGUUUUAGGAAGCACAUGAGAACUCCCAAUGAAGAGAAGCCCUACGAAUGUAAGGAAUGCACCAAAGCCUUCAGCUGCUCCUCGCUCUUCAGGGCACACAUGAAGCUUCACACCGGAAAGACCAACCAUGAAUGCCAGGACUGCGGGAAAGCUUUUAGCUGUGCCUCUUCCCUCACAGAACACAAAAGAACUCACAGCGGAGAUAAGCCCUACGAGUGCAAGGACUGUGGGAAGGCCUUCACUUGUUCCUCCUCUCUCUCCAAACACAAAAGAAUUCACAGUGGCGAUAAGCCCUACGAGUGCAAGGACUGUGGGAAGGCCUUCAGUUCCUCCUCGCACCUCAUCAUACACCUCCGAAUCCACACAGGAGAGAAGCCGUACGAGUGUAAAGAGUGUGGGAAGGCCUUCAGCGAGUCCUCUAAACUCACCGUCCACCUGAGAACACACACCGGGGAGAAACCCUAUAAGUGUAAGGAGUGCGGGAAAGCUUACAACUGCCCCUCCUCCCUAAGUAUCCACAUGAGGAAACACACCGGAGAGAAACCCUACGAGUGUCUAGAAUGUGGGAAAGCCUUCUACCUCCCCACUUCCCUUAACACACAUGUGAAAAAUCAAAGCAGAGAGAAGCCCUAUGAGUGCAAGGCUUGUGGGAGGGCCUUCAGCUGUCCUUCGGCCUUCAGAGUGCACGUGCGUGAUCACGCUGGGAAGAGCCAGUAUGAAUGUAAGGAGUGCGGGAAGACCUUCAAUCGCUCCUCUUCCCUCACCGAACACCUGAGAACGCACAGUGGAGAGAAGCCUUAUGAAUGCAAGGAAUGCGGGAAAGCCUUCAUCAGCUCCUCCCACCUUACGGUGCAUAUAAGGACGCACACUGGAGAGAAACCUUACGCGUGUAAGAAAUGUGGGAAAGCCUUUAUUUACCCCUCAGCCCUUAGGAUCCACAUGAGAACGCACACUGGGGAAAAGCCCUACGAAUGUAAGCACUGCGGGAAGGCCUUCCGUCACUCUUCGUACCUCACGGUGCAUGCAAGGAUGCACACUGGAGAGAAGCCCUUUGAAUGCCUGGAGUGUGGGAAGGCCUUCAGUUGUCCCUCCUCCUUCCGAAGACAUGUGAGAAGCCACACUGGAGAGAAGCCGUACGAAUGCAAGGAGUGUGGCAAAGCCUUUGUGUGCCCGGCCUACUUUCGGAGACAUGUGAAAACUCACGCUAGAGAAAACACAUGAAUGUAAGGAACACAGGAACCUGCAAGGCUUCUUCAGAUCCUGGGCAGAUUCCCUGCAAAUGUGUGAAUACAGGAGAUUGUCUUUUGUGAAGACCCGAGGACAUCUGAAAGAAACUUCUGUGUGGUGAAGCCUGUGUGGAUAUCACUUCUGUGUAUAAGAAAAUUCACAAGAGAAAUGAAGAUCAAUGCCUCAUCAUUAACAUGAACUGCUGGGCCUUUGAUUUCUGAUACUUUGAUGGGAACAUUUAAGGUGAUGCACUUAGCCAUAUGUUUUUUAGUAUGCAGUACAUUUAUUUUGGUUCAGAUAGAAAUAUUUCCAUUUCAAAGUCUUUUUGAUCCACGGGGUAUUUGAAGUAUAUGUAUUUUUUCAUGUGCACACACACGAGUAAUCUUUUUUAGACAGACUUAUCUCUAAUGAAUGCCCUUUGGUCUCUAAGUGUCUAGUCAUUAUGGUAUUGAUACUUUGGUUUCUGUUGUUGUUUUGGUAUAGCAAGGCAGAUACUGGAAAGUGCUCCAUAUUUUUCCAUUUCUUUUUUGUAACUAACAGAGACUAAAAGUUUUGAGAAUAUCAGUUUUUACCAUUAAGAGUUGAAUUCUAGUAAAUAAUCCCAACAGCAAUUAAUAAUAGGUAGAUCUUGAAAGAGAAUGAUCUUAUGUGAUAUACUAUUUUUAUAUUUUGUACUUUGCUUUUGCUCAUGGCUAGGAUUUGGACCCAACGUUUUGAGUUUAAAAACUGUAUUAACUUGGAUAUGGCUAGGAACUACAUUUCUCAGAAUUCUUUUUCUGGUUCCAGGUUAGAAUUGUCUAAAACAAGAAUUUGCAUAAGAUUUGGAAGGCAUAAAAGAAGCCAUUAUUUUCCACUUAGUGGGCCAGACAGACAGAUGCACAGGGACCCUGUGGACUCCAAUUUUCAGCUCAUUUUCCUGAUUAUUAAACUGAUCGAUACUUGAUCAAAACUCUAUAUAAAGUGAUUGACUUCAGUUUCCUCAGCUGCGUAGAAAAUCCGUAAGCUCCUCUGUUGAAGUCACACACUGCUUCUUGGCCUUUGUGACAAGUUCUGGUGUCAUUUUGCUGAUGUUGCAGCCUUGAUUUGUGUUGGUCUUGGUUUGGAGCAGUAUUGUUAUGUCCACAGUUCAGUCCUGUUAUGUCUCUGUACUCAUGGAAAAAAUACACAUCUACCAAAGCUACUGUGAUCUCAAAGGCGAGAGGUCUGGCUACCUACAGGUAGCUGGGAUAAGCAUCAGGCAGGAUGUCAUUCCAUGUUAAUGGAGAAAGAUUUAUAUUUGACAUCUUCAAGCAGGGAAUAGUUUUUUGAUUUUUAAUCUGAGAAGAUAAACAGUAUGAAUUACUUCAGGUACAUUUGACCACUUUUUUGUGUGUCUAUUGUAUCCUCUUUUUAUCUUUAAAAGUAUAUGAUACUUCCCCUUAGUCACAUUUUACUGUUUUUUUUUUGUUUGUUUUUAUUUGAACCAGCACCCAUAUGGAAUGCUGGCAUUGCAGGUGGAGGCUUAACCUAGCCACAGUGCUGACCCCUAAUAGGCAUGAAGUAUGCUAAUCUUCAGUGUAAAGCUUGCUGGAAUUUCACAUAGAUAUACACCCUGGUAAACCCAUUUCUAAGGCUGCAGAAAGUUCAUUCAUUCCCCCUCUCAAUAAUUAGUCCACAGAGAUAACCAUAGUUUUGAGUUAUUACAACUGAUUAGGCUUGCUUAUUAUUGAUUUUUAAAAAUGUUAGACUAUAACAGUUUUGUACUUGUCUUUUGUUCAACAUAAUGUCAAAGCGUAGUUUGCUUUUUAAAAAAAUUUGAAAGGCAGAGUUAGACAUAGGGAAAUAGAGUAUGAUCUUCCAUUUGCUUGUUCACUCCCCAAAUCGAUGCAACAACCAGGCUGGACCAGACUGAAGCCAGGAGCCUGGAACUCCAUCAGGGUCUCCCACAUGAGUGGCAGGGGCCCAAGCUAAUGGUUGCUUUCCCAGAUGCAUUAGCGGGUUAGAAGUGGAGCAGCCAGGACUCAGUACUGGUGCUCUUUUGGGAUGCCAGUAUUGGGUGGCAGCUUAACCUGCUGUGCCACAGUGCUGACACCUAGUUUGCUUUUUAAAUGUCCUGUUGGUAGAAUUCUGACACUUCUCCCAGUAUAUGCUGUAUAGAAGGAAUGAAGUUAAUGACUCAUAAGGGUUGACUUUAUGCUUUGUUUUGAUGGGUAUUCUAGUUUUUCAAAUUGUUGAUUCCACCAAAGAUUCUCAAAACAGUGCAUGAAUGUUUUAGUUGUUCUACACUUUCUAAUUUUGACUAUUUAGCAGAGAGUAUAGUGAUAUUUUCCUUGCGUUUAAUUUGCAGUGAUAUGUAAUGAUUUUGUAAGCUUCUUGACUAUUAGGAUGUCUUCUUUUAUGAGGGUACCUAUUAACCACUUCAUCCAUUUUUCAUAUCCUUUUCUUUAGUUGAAGGGUUUCCUUCUGAUCACUUAUCCUUUAUUGGAUGUAUGAGUAUCUGUAUAUCUAGAUACAUAUGCAUAUAUAAAAAUCUAUAUUAUAUAUAAAAUAUAAUUCAUAUAUUAUAUAUAAAAUAUAAUUUGUAUAUUACAUAUAUAUUAUAGAUAACUUUUCACAGUCUUUGACUUCUCUUUUCAAUAUUUUUAUAAGCCAUAGGGGACCGUAUUGGUUUGAUCACUAAAUAGCCCUUGGCUUUUUUAAUUAGCUGCAGGUAUGUCUGGAUCCUGGGGUUGAAAAGAUUCCUUGGAUGAGCUCUGCCCCCAUAUUUUGACUAUGCAGGAGGCUGCAUUAGUCUUUCUUUUUUAAAGAUUUAUUUACUUGAAAGAGUUAUAGAGAAAGAGAGGCAGAGAAAGAGAGGGAGGAAGGGAGGGAGAGAGAGAGAGAGAGAGGGAAAGAGAGAAUGAAAAUGAAUGAAUCUUUUAUCUACUGGUUCACUUUCUAAAUGGCAGCAACAGCCAGGGCUGGACCAGGCCAAAGCCUGGAACAACGUCCUGGUCUCCUACAUAGGAGGCAGGGGCCCAAGUUCUUGGGUCAUCUUCCACUGCUUUUCCCAGGCCAUUCAUAGGGAGCUGGAUCAGAAUUGGAGCAGCCAGGACUUUAACUGGCUCCCAUAUAGUUUGCCAGUGUUGCAGGUAGUGGCUUAACCUGCUGUACCACAAUGCCAACCUCAUGCAUUAGCUCUUCUUCCAGGCAGUCUGAGUGUUUGUAGUGGGCCUCAAAAGUUCUAGGCUACUUUCUUCCCAGGUUAAAGUCUCAGGGACAAAAGACUAUUAUUUAAGAUUUAUUUAUUUGAAAGGCAGAGUGACACACACACACAGAUCCUUCCAUCUGCUGGUUCACUCCCCAAAUGCCCACAAUAGUCCCCAGCUGGGGCUGGACCUCAGCAUCAGAAACUCAAUCCAAGUUUCCCACAUGGAUAGCAGGGACCCAGCCACCUGAGCCACCAUUGCUGCCACCCAGAAUGUGGUAGGCAGGAAGCUGGAGUCAGGAAUGGAGCUAGUAUUGAACCAGGCACUGCUUUAUGGAACAUGGAUAUCUUAACUGGCAUCCUGACUGCUAGGCCAGACACCCACCUUGAAUAGUUUUUUGUAGGAUGUGAGGGUUAAAGUGUGUAUAUAUAUGGAUUUAUUAGAUAAUCUCUGCCUCUUGGUUCAUUUGUCUUUCCUUGCACCAACCCUAUACUCUCAAUUUUUGUUACUUUGUAGUAUUUUUUGGAAAUCUGGUGUUGAUAGCCAAUUUCAAAAAACCUAGGGGCUGGCGCUGGGGCACAGUAGGUAGAACCACUACCUGCAGUGCUGGCAUCCCAUAUGGGCGCCAGUUUGAGUCCCAGCUGCUCCACUUCCGAUCCAGCUCUCUGCUGUGGCCUGGGAAAGCAGUGGAAGAUGGCCCAAGUCCUUCAGCUCCUGCACCCAUGUGGGAGACCUAGAGGAAGCUCCUGGCUCCUGGCUUUGGAUUGGCACAGCUCUGGCCAUUGCAGCCAAUUGGGGAGUGAACCAGCAGAUGGAAGACCUCUCUCUCUCUGCCUCUCCUUCUCUCUGUGUAACUCUGACUUUCAAAUAAAUUGUUUAAAAAAUAAAUUAACCUUUAAAAAUAUAAUACAUUAAAUUAUAUAUAUUUACAGGGACCAUAUGAUUCUUGAUACAUAUAUGUAAUAGUUGAUUUUAUCCUGAUUCAAACAUUGUUUUUAAUCUUUAAGAUUAUCCUGUCUUCUCUACUGUUUUGUUUUGGAAUUUUUUUUUUUUUUUUUUGACAGGCAGAGUUAGUGAGACAGACAGAGAUAGGUCUUCCUUCUGUUGGUUCACCCCUCAAGUGGCUGCUGCGGCUGGCGCACUGUGCCGAUCUGAAGCCAGGAGCCAGGUGCUUCCUCCUGGUCUCCCAUGUGGGUUCAGGGCCCAAGCACUUGGGCCAUCCUCCACUGCCUUCCCGGGCCACAGCAGAGAGCUGGACUGGAAGAGGAGCAACCGGGACAGAAUCCGGUGCCCCAACCAGGACUAGAAUCUGGGGUGCUGGCACCUCAGGCAGAGGAUUAGCCUAGUGAGCCACAGCGCCAGCCUGGAGUCUUUAUUUUUAGAAAUAAAUCUUUAGGGACUGUGCUUAGAAUUGUUUUAACUUUAUACAGUACCUUGAGGAAAAUCAACAUCUUUACAAUAUUGAGUCUUGCAAUUGAUGCAGAUAGUACAAUCUUCUGUUUACCUACAUCUUUAACUUUUUGCAACCAUGUUUUAUAGUUAUAAUUUUAGAGAUUUGAAUACCUUUCAUUUAUUUCUGGAUAUAUGGUAUAUUUUGCUACAUAUUUUUUCAUUUUUGGUGUUAAUAUGUAAAUUGCAGUAUCUUUAUACAUUACCCUUACAUCCACUGACAUUUAUAAAUUCAACUAUUUAUUCAACUUGUGGGUUAUUUUGGAUUUUCUAUAUAUAUAUAGUCUUGUCAAUACCAAUAAGAGAGUCUUACCUACUUUGUAAACUUUUAUCUUAUAUUUAUUUUUCUUGCUUUAUUUCUUUACAGUAAGGAAUGAUAAAGAUGAACAUCUUUGCUUUGUUCUGGAUUAAACCAUUUCUGACAUUCUA